UUUGGAAUCUUUCCAUUUCCCAUUUCCUAUUGCAGGAGUUCCAGAAGGAGUUUCCGGACAUUCCCAUAGGAUACUCUGGACAUGAGACGGGCAUCCAUGUGUCUGUGGCUGCUGUGGCACUCGGGGCGAAGGUCCUGGAGCGUCAUGUGACCCUGGAUAAGACCUGGAAAGGCAGUGACCACGCAGCAUCACUGGAGCCGGCUGAGCUGGCAGAGCUGGUGAGAGCCAUCAGGACGGCUGAGAUGGCAAUGGGCUCGCCAAUCAAACAGAUGCUGCCCUGUGAGGCUUCCUGUCACAGCAAGUUGGGUAAGUCGGUAGUGGCCCGGAAACCAUUGCAGAAGGGCGAGAUAUUAACUCUCGACAUGCUGACAGUAAAAGUGGCCGAACCGCAUGGUGUGAGACCAGAGAACAUCUUCAAACUGGUUGGCAAGAAAAUCAAGGUGGACCUGGAAAAAGAUGCCACCAUCACUGAUGCCAUGAUAAAUGGCUGAUGA